CUCUUACUCGUGGCAAAGUUUAUGCUCUCUACCUACUUAGGGUAUAUUCCACUCUAUUGACUUUAAUCUCCUAACCUUCCCUCGGGUGUCUCUGAUCCAGUUUCAAAGUUCACUAGUAUUGAUUCAGCUUUUAAAAAAAUCUACGGGGGGGCAUUUGUAGUGACUACAGACUCCCAAUGUCUGCAGUACAAUUUGCCUUGUGUUUUACAUGUUAUUUCUUUGCAGCACUUUACUGGCUGUUUGCGGUAUAAUCCAGUGCAAUUUGAAAUGCAAUAAAAUCUCUGCAUCUGCGGUUUAUGAGAAUUGGAGUUGUCAGGCCCUGUCUUCAGUCCUAGGCUGCUGCGUCUGCUGGUUUAUCUGCUCACUCAUUUGCUUAUUUGAAAUACGUUUGUAUUUUUAUUUAGCUGAUGCUUUUUCUCCCCAAAGUGAGACAGAUAGUGCAUCCAUCCGUCUUACAGACCCGCUUAUUCAGUACAGGGUCACGGUCCUGGAAAUCACAGGGCAUGAAUCAGAGGACACUCUGGAUGGGAUGCUGGUCUAUCACAGGGUGCAGGAAGAGCAUGAAAACUCGGCUCGUGCAGUGGCAGGGGCGGGAAUCAAACUCACAACCCUGGAAGUGUGAGGCGGUACUGAUAACUGCCGUGCCACCUUACUGAUUGAAAUAAUUAUUAUGCAAAUUGAAUAAUCUUAGCCUUCUCUCUCUCAUUACUGGGGCCAUUGGCUGCUUAGAGACAGCUGUAGAAUCUGCCCACAUUAUGACUUGGCGCAACCAGGGCUGAGACCAGCUGUCAUGGGGGGUGGGCGGGUCUGCCCUGGAGCAAAAUGGUCCCACCCAUUCUCCCUGUCUGUCUAAACAAUGCAGGAAAUAUGGGGUGACCGGAGCACAUGUUCACGUGCGCCUAAUUUGUAAUAAUCUGUGAGAUUAACAUUAAAAAAGGGACCAAAGUCAGCCGUGUCACAGUCUCUGUAAUGCCUGGGAAUUCAGUGUAUUUCAGCGUACAAACGAGGAGGCGGUUAAGUCACCGUUUUGUUUUCACCUUCCAGUGAACCAGCUGAAAGACAAAGUCCGUUCGUGCGCUGCAGCGGUGGCUAUUUAUGGCUGAUCUGUUGAAGGGUGUCUGUGAUUCAUCAGACUACGUUAUGUAAAGCUGCCCUGUUCUGCCCGGUGUGCAUUUCAAAAAGGUUUUCUCUACCAGAACCCCUAGCUCAAGAUCGCAUUGUGACGUGAUUGAUAUAUUAUAAAAAAUAAAAAAUCACUCAUGAAGGCGUGUCUCUAUUUGAUGCAGGAGACAUUCAUAACUGCUUAUCCAGUGCAGGGUCAUGGUGUAGAGGAGCCAUACAUACUUUACUUAGAUCUAAUUUAUGUGUAUUUAAAAAUUAUAUAUUCAGUGUGGUUGAAAGAGGUGAUAGUAUUAGGCAAGUAAAUUACCUUUAAGGCUAAUUUUUACUUCUGCAUAGAAUCUACGCUGUCAGGUACAGCAUAGCCACGUAUGGUACAUGGAUACAUGGAUACGUUGUACCUGAAAGCAUAGAUUCUAUGCAGGAGUAUAAAUAAGCCUGUAGCCGUACAGUUUGACAGAUCUGAUGGCUACAGUGUAUAAUAUAGUCACAACACCAAUCAAAAUGUGAACGUGAACUUUGACUUUUAAUGUUUUAAGCUAUGACUUUUCUUGUUUCUUAAUCCAAUGGGUGGUGUUGCCAUGGAGCUUAGCGUUAGACUUAACUUAAAGUGCCAGCAUAUUAAAACAGAUUUUUCAGCCAACACUUUGUAACUGACCAUCUGUUAGCACAGCAUCCAGCGUCUCUCGCAGUCGCUUGGCGGUUACUUACUGCUCGGGGAGGGAGAUGGGGAGAGGAGGUUUUUCACACCCCCAGGGCAGACAUGACGCGCUGCGGUGUUCCGCCUGCCGCGUGGCCUGCGCUCUCCGGCUGAAUGAGACAUACACGCCCUGAGAGAGGCAGAUUCGGUCACCGGGAAGGGUCGGCACAUGGUCACCUCGUGACUGGAUGGACGACGCCUCUGUGUACAUGUGCUUCCCCUGCUACCAGGAGUUCGACUCCCUGGAGGCUGUGCUCGCUCACCAACUCACCUGCAAUCCCGAGGCGGCCGAGACGGGGAUGUCAGGGCUGCAGGACGAGAACCUUGCAAAGGAACCAGCCAGCUGUACCCUGGUGAACCCCUGCGGUCCUGAAGGACAAGACCAACCUAGGGACUCCUCCGACCCGCAAGAGCAAAAUCCUGUUCCGAAAACGGAAUGUGUCCUGGGGUCCGAUGUGCAGAUCCGGUACCAGUGUGGUGACUGUGGCUGUCUGUUUGACUCGCUCCUCCUGUGGCAGCAGCACCGCAAGCUGGACGAGUGCCAAGGGGCUGCGGUGGCCCCCGGGCAGCUCACUGAGGGCUGGCAUGGGGUGGGGGAGCCGGGGGCAGAUGAGCCAGGAGAAGAGGCCCAGGUCGAGGCUGCAGUGGAAUCGUAUACAGAGCUCCGAGACGGGGAAACUGCAGUCAGCCGGGAUCACUCUUAUCUGCAGGUGGGCGAGCCGGGGAAUCUGGGCCCGAUGGACCUAGAAGAACAGGAGGAGGUUGAACAGGUCGAGGCGCAGACUGGGCCCGAUGUCAGCUGGUCUGUUUUGGAGAUGAAGUUGACUGAUGCACAGAAUGCUCAGGACGGCGGUGAGACCAGCAACUCAAACUCCAAGAAGCGUGGAAGCAGGAGAGGAAAAGCCAGUGCGAUUGCAGUGGCCAAUCAGAGCCUGCUAUGUGUGGACUGUGGGUGUGGCUUCAGGCUGGUUCCAGAGCUGGUGGCCCACCGUAAAACACAUCAUGGCCUGGAGGGGGCGCUUCACCGCUGCAGUGUAUGUGGCGAGAGUUUCCUUAACACCACCCUAUUCCUCUACCACCGUAGGCAGCAUAGAAAGAGGGAGCAUGAGGAGGAGAGUCAGGAGGGCACUGGGCUGGAACUGGGGCAGGAGGUACCUGAGCUGGGGCAAGAGGGCGCUGGAGUGGGACUGGGGCAGGGGGUAGCUGAACAAGGGCAGGGGGUUGUUGGGGUAGAACUUGGGCAGGAGGUAUCUGAGCAGGGACAAGAGGGCGCUGGAGUGGGACUGGGGCAGGGGGUAGCUGAACAAGGGCAGGCGGGUGUUGGGGUAGAACUGGGGCAGGAGGUAUCUGAGCAGGGGCAAGAGGGUGCUGGAGUGGGACUGGGGCAGGGGGUAGCUGAACAAGGGCAGGGGGGUGUUGGGGUAGAACUGGGGCAGGAGGUAUCUGAACAAGGGCAGGAGGGAGCUGGGGAGGUCCUGAGGCAAGAGGGGGCUGAACAGGAGGCUGGACAGGGGCAGGUGGAGGCUGGACAGGGGCAGGUGGAGGCUGGACAGGGGCAGGUGGAGGCUGGACAGGGGCAGGUGGAGGCUGGACAGGGGCAGGAGAUAAUUGGGGAGGGGCAGGAGUGGACUGAACAGGAGGCUGGACAGGAGCAGGUAGAGACUGAACAGGGGCAUGAGGGGGCUGGACAGUGGAGCAUAAAUGCACCAGGUUCUGCUGAUUCUCUACCAGAGAGGGGAGAUGGGUGUCAAGAUGCCACACUGGAGGCAGCAGAAGCCCGAAAGGUUUCAGAACCGAGCGCCACCCUGACUGCCAAGGCCGAUAUGGAACAUCUCGGUCCAGAUGCGAGUGGUCCGGCCACGACAGUGAGCCCCAGCUUCCUCUGCGUGACCUGCGGCUUGGCCGUCAGCACGGAGCCGGAGCUGGUGCAGCACCGCAAGACGCAGCACGCCCUGGGGGAGGUGCUGCACCGCUGCCCCGAGUGUGGCGAGGGCUUCACCAACACCACCCUCUUCCUAUAUCACCGAAGGCAGCACCGUGGCAUCACCAAGGGCCCUGCGGGGGCCCCGGGGACGGGCACCCACCAGAACCCAUCCAGAGGGGCUUCCGUAGUGCUUUUUGACGGGGUACGGCUGCAGAAGAGGCGAAGAGAGGAUGGGGCAGAGGAGGCGGACAGGACCAGCGACGUCACAGGGAGCUCCAGCCAGCCACCGAGAGCCGAGCCGCCGUCAGAGCCAUCGCCGGGCGGUCUGGCCACGCCGGCUGAGCUGUACCGGGACUGGUCACGCACGCCGCUGCCCCACGCCUGCCCCUACUGCGAGCUGACGUUCACACGCCGCUGCCUGCUCCGCGCCCAUGUCUUCAGCCACACGGGCAAGAAGCUGUUUAGCUGCGAGGUGUGCGGGAAGGCCUUCUCCUGCCCCAGCAACCUGAUGCGGCACAGCCGCACCCACCUGGGCACCAGGCCCCACUGCUGCCAGGUCUGCGGCAAGUCCUUCUCGCAUUCCAGCACGCUCAAGCGGCACCAGGCUGCCCACGGCCAGCUGGAUGGCAGCACCCAGCGUCCCCACGCCUGCCCCGACUGCGCGGCCAGCUUCCAGACGCGCUCGCAGCUUCAGAGGCACAGGCUCCAGCAUGCUGGUAACCAGUUCAACUGCUCAACCUGUGGCCAGUCGUUCAAGCGUAAAAAACACCUGGAUUUGCACUCGCUCACACACCAAGAAAAGGAGCCCAAGACAUGUCCCCACUGCUCCGCCCAGUUCCUGAGCCAGGCCGUCCUCAAUGUGCACUUGCGCCGCUGCUCCGGGGAGGAUGAUCGGGCGCGGGGCCGGGGCAGGGGCCAGGGCCGGGGCAGGAGCGUGGGCCAGAUGGAGUGCGACAUGUGCGGCCACUGCUGCGUCACCCAGGAGGGCCUGGAUCUGCACCGGCUGUCGCACACGGGCCAGACACCCCUGCGCUGCCCACUCAGCCCCUGCCGACGGCGCUUCGCCACCAGCGCCGCCCUGGAGGAGCACGUGCUGGCCCACUGCCGCCGGCUGGCCUUCAAGAGCCCCGACGCCACCCCCAGGCCUUUCCGCUGCGAGCACUGCGGGAAGGGCUUUGCCUACGCCUCCACGUUCCGGCUGCACAUGCGCACCCACACCGGCGAGAGACCCUAUGAGUGCUCCCAGUGCAGGAAGCGCUUCCGCCAGCUGCCCCACCUGCAGGACCACGAACGGAUCCACAGCGGCGAGCGGCCAUUUGUCUGCUGGCUGUGCGGGAAGAGCUUCUCGGUGGCGGCGCGGCUGACGGAGCAUGCCCGCACCCACAGCGGCGAGAAGCCAUAUACCUGCACACUCUGCCCACGCACCUUCCGCUCACGCUCCAACCUGGACAAGCACAGCAAAGUGCACGGAGACGCCGCCGCCGCCAAGGGCACGGCCGGCCAGGGUGAAGGCGAGGCCGCUGUCCGCACCAUCGUGCUGCUGCAGACCUCCACUCCCGUCACCUCUGCCCAGAGCCAGCCACAGGCUGAGGUCUCGUUCCCGGGGACGACAUCUUCUGUGGUCCUCCUGCACCCCUCCGUAUCUGUAGUGGAUGGACAGGACAUCCAGCACGCCAUUGAGUUCAUCAUAGAGUAGGACCUGGAGAGUGGGGGGGGGGUUUCAGGUGGGUGUCCUACAGCUGGGAAAUGUGUGUCUGGAUGCACAGGGCUUGUAAUUUUUAAUAAAAUUGUUCCCAUUUCA